UCUCUCUCUUUCACGUCACCCAACCCAAACCUUUCCCUCGACAAUCCUUCCCCCCCUCCAGCCCCUUUCCACAGCUUCGCUCCGCUCAUCGACCCAAGGAACUCAAUUAUCCAUCAUGCGCUCUACGUCCCUCAUCGUCGGCGCUUUGGCCAUUGCAAUCGGCGCAGUCUCGGCAGUCCCGGCUCCCCAGACCGGAACCAGUCCAGCGGCUGGCCCAUCGGCGCCCUUCCAGCCCUCUGGACCUGAUGCUGCAAGUUGGCAGACUACUGGCUGCACGGCAGACUUCUACCCCAACUCUCGCCUGCUCCGAUCUGGCUACACAGAGGACAAGCAGGCAAUGACCGUUGGAAAAUGCUUGACGUACUGCGGUUCCCUGGGAGCAUACUACGCCGGCCUCGAGUAUGGCUACCAAUGCUUCUGCGGCGACGCGCUUAACUCACCAACCGGAACAGUCGACACGCCAGCAGCCCAAUUGACCAGCUCGAACGACGGUGGGUGCAACACUGUUGCUCCAGGAAACGGCGCACAGCGGGCUGGCGGUCCCAACAAGCUGCUGGUGUUCCAGAGCAAGGUUAAUGGACCAGCUGCUAGAAGCGUCACCAUCACCAACGGAUCUUAUCAGGGCUGCUACCGUGACGACCCGAACAACCGCCUUCUGCCUGCCGGUACGUAUGGAAUCAACGACAAUACCGUGCAGGGUUGCGCAACUCGCUGUGCCAAUUCGGGCUACGACUUGUCAGCCACCGAGUAUAGAAGCGAAUGCCACUGUGGCUCUUCCUCAUCUGUUGCCCCCCCUGCCAACAAGAAGAUUGACGAGUCUAACUGCAACAACUCUUGCACGGGCAACACCAAGCAGAUUUGUGGAGGCGCUUCGGCCCUGUCCGUUUACAAGACCACGCUGUCCACCACACCGCCGACCGGCACUCCUCAGCAGCCUUCGCCCGUGACUGCCAGGAAUGGCCAGAAGUACAACUUCAUCGGGUGCUACAAGGACCGCGCUGACCCCAACCGAGCUCUUGACGGAGCAGCGCUCUUCUCGAAUGCCAGGACGAUCCAGGGCUGCAUCACCACCAUGGCUGACCGUGGCUUCAAGUACGCGGCGCUGGAGAAUGGGAACGAGUGCCGCGGUGGCAACACUUUGCUCUACAGCAGCACUGUCGGUGCUACGUGCGACAAGCCGUGCAGCGGAAACAGCGCUCAGACUUGCGGUGGCAGCGUGUACAGCAUGAGUCUCUAUCAAGUAGCGGCUUGACCAGCAAGAUGACGAGCCAUGCAGACGUGCCAUGUUUCUCGCGACCUUCUCAACUCAAAUAAGCGCACGUUCGAUUCAUCAUGACCCGACUCGGUCACCUCAUCAGAUCCCCACAUUCGCGAUGGUCUAAAUGGUCAUGACGAGCUCCUCGUUUU